CUCUUCCCUCAACUCCACCGGCUCCCAUCCUCCUCCCCAAAGAUAUCCACGAUUCCACUCAGAGCUCGUGCCUGGCGCGACAUUUCUCAUCGUCUUCUUGCUUAUCGUCCUGCUUUAUCCCGCCUGAAUUGUCUGCGCUGUCUUUGCGCCGUCCAAUCUCGAGCAGGCUACUAUUCCUCUGCUUCCCCACAAAUAUACACAGAUAUGGCUACUCCCCUCACCAAGCGCUACGGCGAGUCCCUGCGCGCCUACUUCUCGGGCAAUCCCCUCAACCGCGUCUCUUUCCUCCGCGGUGACUAUGCGUUCCUUUCCGAAGCCGUCACUUGCUCUGCCGCCCGCUUCAUGGUCGUCAACAGCCUCGACCCGGCCAUAAAAGAAGACGGCAGUAUUCUCUAUCUGUCCUACGACGACGUCAAGGCUGCCAUUGGCAAUCCUUUUGAGAAAUCCGAAGAGGAUACCGUUGCCGCUUGGGACUCGUCAAAGGAGUACCCUCUCAUCAUAUUUCUUGGACUCGACGAGUCCGCCACGGGCGUGAAACACGACAAAUACUCCGGUCUGCCGUACUUUGCAAUCGACCUCUCCUCCGCCAAGGACCCCGCGAGCCCGCUCGGCUCCGCCCUGGCCGACAUUGUCGGCAAAGUCGCGACCCUCGGCGGCACCUUCACGCCCAUCCGAAACAACUACGUGCUCAACUACUCCGAGGCCGCUAUCUACGCCAUGGCCCGCUCGUACAUGGACUGGAACUUGCGUAACCCUUUCUGCGCUGGCUGCGGAAACAAGACCAUGUCUGUCAACGCAGGCGGCAAGCGCGUCUGUCCUCCUACCGACAAAGGCGUCACGCUCGGAAGCUGUCCAUCGCGCGGCGUCGUGACCAACAUCUCCUUCCCGCGAACCGACCCCACAAUCAUCGUCGCGGUCGUCAACUCGACAAGCGACAAGCUCCUCCUCGGCCGCAACAAGCGCUUCCCGAACGGCUUCUACUCCUGCCUCGCAGGUUUCCUCGAGCCCGGCGAGAGUAUCGAGGAAGCCGUCCGUCGCGAGGUGUGGGAAGAGAGCGGCGUCAAGCUCGGCAAGGUCGCCAUCUACGCCAGCCAGCCGUGGCCGUAUCCGUCCAGUCUGAUGAUUGGCGCGAUCGGCGAGGCGUUGCCGGACGGCGAGAAGAUCCAUCUCGAGCACGACCCCGAGCUCGGCGAUGCGCAGUGGUUCCCGUUCUCGGUCGUCCAGAAGGCGUUGGAUAACGCGGAGCUCAAGAGUAACGUCUUGGAUAUCUCGGAUGAUAUGUAUGCUGAUUGCCCGAUCAAGGUGCCUCCUAGCAAGGCUAUCGCGCAUAACCUCAUGCGCGCCGUCGUCUACGAUAACGCGCAUCUCCCCAAGAUCUAAGCGCUGCUGUUGUUUUUCUCCGAUAUAGUGUAUCAUGUGCGAAUAUAUAAAAGCAACCUCACCGAUGUAAACUUGGUCAAAUU